CUCCCACUACUCCUGCCGCUGCUGCCUUCACAAUUUCCUACCGCUACUCCUACUACCGUCGGCAAUUCAACAUCCUGCACAUAUACGCAUAUCCACACAGAUACACCAAUAUUCACACACACACACGACUUAUUUUUGUUUGUUCCCCCCUGAAAGAAAAGGGAAACUUGUACGGUACAACAGUCGUUAUGUACUGACUGAAAGAAAGCAUGGCUAAAUAUGAAACAGAAACGAAGGACGACGAAGAAAAGCUGAUUAGGAGCUCAUUUUUUCUAAAAAGAGAGCAUUUAUAGCGUCUGCUUUAGUGGCGCCCUCUUUCUUACAAAGCAGUUUGCUCACGAUCAGCGUUCGCUGGUCCACUCUUAACGAAGGCCGCGUCAGUUGCCAGUCGUGUUGGGUGACACAGCACAGUCAUGUGUGUGGAUGUGUGCGUGUAUGUGUGUGAAAAAGCGAGGGGCUACUGCAAACAGACAGCGACUAAAUCAAUCACUUUCCGAAAAAACACAAUAUAGAAAUAAUAUAUCGAAAUUCUCGCAGCGUGGAAGAAUCGAUAAUUUAUUAAAAGAAAAGGAAAAAAAAUAAAAUAGAAUGGCCUAACAUUUUCCAGAUAUUAAAAAAAUGACAAAGCAAAUAAUAACAAGAGAAAACAACGGUGAUGAUAUCUGCAAUAAUUACAAAACUUAUUAUACCAGGAGAAAACAAACAGAAAGGAUUUAUACUGAAAAUGGAUCAAAAGGCGGAGUGUAAACAGAGAAAAAAAGUACAAUUGACCCCGUAAACCGACAACAAAGACUAUAUUUACAAAAAAGGAAUCAAUACAUUUACCAUCGAAUCGUGAAUUAUUCAACAUAUAAAGAAACAUGCAGUGGUAUGCAAACACACACGCGCGAGCGCGUGCGCGCGCUGAGUUACACGAUACAAAAACGCAUCUUAUUCCUACACGUUCCUAUCUGCACGUGCAGAGUCACACAAGGUGAGUUGUACAUGCAUUUACUCAUAUAAAAUUGUACACACAUUUACAGAUUGACAUACAUGCGACUCUCAUGUAUACGCAUGCAUUCACGUGGAUACAUGCGUACAUUCAGACACACAAACCAAAAUAGCCCCCCCCCCUCUCUCUCUAUAUAUAUAUGAAUAUAUUUGCGUAUGUGUCAUCAUACCACAACAUAAAGUAAAAGAUAUAUCCAUAUAAAUAAAUAAAUACCACACAUAUGUAUAUACAUAUAUACAUAUAUAUUAUCAUAUGUAUAAACACAUACAUAUAGGAUACCACUGCUACCACCACUCUUACCACUAAUAAUAAUAAUAAUACGAUUAAUAAUAAUAAUAAUAAUAAGGCAGAGAGAAAAAGAAGAAAAUAUCAUGCUCUCUGUAUUAUUUUAAUUCAUCUUAGGUUGUCAUUACUGAAUAUAUAUGUUAAAAGCAAUACAAACUCUCAAAAAAAAAAUCAGACUACACAGUUUCGUUUCCAACACUGAAGAGUAAAUAAGAAGAAAUAAAUGUAAAAGAAGAAAAAACAGACUAGCUACAACAACAACAACAACAACAACAAGUAAGAAUACGAUAUACGAUAGGAAGAACAACCUUACUGCAUUGAACAUCAGGACUGUGUGUUAUCGGCCGACACUGCUACCAACAGGCCAAUGUCAACACGGAUUCAAUUGAUAACGGUUGUCAGCUUCUGCUUGCAGCAGUAUAUCAAAGUCUAAGCCACUUCAACGCCCUCAUCCUCUUCAUCUUCCUAUUUCAUCAUUCCAUCUACAACUACACAUGCUGCAUCCGUUAUUAUAUCCAUAAAGGAACAUUUUAUACAUCAGCAAACAAAAAUAUAAAGGAAAGAAAUGUAAAUUGAUAACAAAUUUUAACAAAAGUUGCAAAUAACGCACACGAAACACACUCACACGCACAAAUACACACGUAUAUUGAUACAUAAUUAUAUAUGUAAAUUAAUAUAUAUAUGUAUAUAUAUAUGUAGAUAUAUACACCCCUACACAGAUAUAUAUAUACACACACAUACAUAUAUAUAUAUAUAUAUAUGUAUAUAUAUACAUACACACAUAUAUAUAUAUGUAUACAUAUAUAUAAAUACAUACAUACACAUAACUCAAUGAGAAAUCUAUACCAAGAGCAGUACAAUAAAAGUACUGUUAAAGAAUAAAUGAAAUAUUUCUAAACAUUUGCACAAUUGGAAGGAUUUCAAGACGAUGACAUCUGAAUUAGCAGUUGCGACUGGCUGUGGAAAAGCCUUUCCAACAAACGGACCUCCAAGUCCUGGACCGAGGCCUGUCAUUAACAAUAUGAUUACACGAACUAAAUUUCUUGAAGCAAUCCCAAAAUGUGCAGGCUGCAGUGAACAGAUUCUUGAUAGAUUUAUUUUAAAAGUACUCGACCGGUCAUGGCAUUCGAAAUGUUUGAAAUGUACUGAUUGCCGCGCACAACUUACAGACAAGUGUUUUUCAAAAAAUGAUGAAGUAUUUUGUAAAGAUGAUUUCUUCAGACGAUAUGGUACAAAAUGUGCUGGGUGUGAUAAAGGAAUUCCACCUACGCAAGUUGUGCGCAGGGCACAAGAUUAUGUAUAUCACUUGGAAUGCUUCGCUUGCCUCAUGUGCAAUCGACAACUUAAUACUGGGGAUGAAUUUUACCUUAUGGAAGACCGGAAGUUAGUUUGUAAAGGUGAUUACGAAGCAGCAAAAGCAAGAGAAUACGACCUGGACGGAGGAAACAAACGACCUCGAACGACCAUCACGGCCAAACAGCUGGAAGCCCUGAAGAGGGCCUACAACGAAAGUCCGAAACCCGCACGUCAUGUUCGGGAACAGCUAAGCGUUGAAACAGGUCUGGACAUGAGGGUGGUACAGGUUUGGUUCCAGAACCGACGGGCGAAGGAGAAGCGGUUAAAGAAAGAUGCUGGUAGGCAGCGCUGGAGUCCUUACUUUAGACAAAUGAAACGUAAUGGUGACCCGGAUAGCUCUUUAAGUGCUGAUGACCGGUCAGAUGACGGUCUGACUGAGGGUUCUUAUGCCAAUGACAUAGAUGAUCUCGAGCAUCCAGGUAGCAUUUCUGGCGCUGGCGGCAGUGGCGGUCGACUGUCUGGAGAUCUUUACAACCCGGGACAGACCGUAGACCACGAGCCCAUUAUGGGGCCUGUUCCAAUCGUCCCGCCGGGAACCCCUCCGAUGGACGGUGGCUGGGGACAUUUCAAUGGUUUACGACCAGCCACGCCCUACCUUGGCCGACAAUCUCCGAACAACAUCCCUAUCUCAUCACAACAGAUGCUUUCCUUGGAGGCGUUACCUAUGCUAACCGGGCCUCCAAACGCAUCACGUAUGAUUCAAGCAGAUGUAAACGAAAAUUCCCAACAAGGUUAUAUCGAAUAUCCACCAGCUUCCACACAGAAUCAUGUGGAAGUUUAUUAAAAUCAUAAACAUUAUAAACAUACCAAAUAACUUAUGAAAAAUAAUUGAACCACGAAGCAAACAGAAAAUAUAUAGAAAGGGAUCAAUAUGUGAAUCAAGUAUGCGAAUAUGUGCAUCAAAAUUAAGGCUAACAUUAUAUAGCAGAUACAUGAAAUCUGAUAUAAUAAAUUGAAUUAUAAUAAACAAAUGGAAACAGAGAACUAAAACUCUUUAACAAACAGAAAAUAUAUAUUGUAAAAACAAACUUUUAUUGAAAGUUGAUAUAAUGCUAAACCGUGAACUCACCGACAAAGAACGUGAAAAUGCACAUUAAAUUUUGACGCUAUGUAGAGUGCAUAGAAAGAAGAAUAAAAGCAUGCUCAUUUAUAACGAAAUAAACUUGUAAGUUCGAGUAUA